AUGUUUAAGAAAAUGAAAAAUCGUGAACAUGUGCAAAGACAUUGUCGAGUGAAAGCAGCAUUAAAACAAUUAGAAAUAUCUAAUAAUAUUGAAGGCGCUCCACAGAAGCAAAGCGUCGCGGCGCAAGCGCAUAAAUCGGAGGAUCACGGCCAGCCAAGAUCCAAUCACGUCGCCCGUCUGGAUCUCGUACCAUUGGCGGGCGAAUUUCGUCAAUUUACUGGACGCGGCCAGCAAUGUGAUCCCGUCGGCUGCGCCAUGUAUGACGGCAACUUGGUCGACCCGUCUCGACCACACGGCAACGUUUUCGUUUUCACCGCCACUAAACUCCGGAAUCUGAGAGGCCAGCCAACUAACCGCGUUUCCCGCCGAUUGAUGUGGAGAUGUCCGACAUCGCCUGACGGAACAUCUCCGACGUCAGCGGCUCCGCCACGACUGUUCGCCUUGCAGAUGAUGCUGCUGGGACGUGGAUCUCUCCAGCGGCCUGUUGUUCGUCCAACGUCCUCUCCGACGGCCCAAUCCUCUCAAGAGAACGAAGUGGGAAGUCAGAAGGGCUCGCGUGACGGGUCUCCGAAGGAAGGAGCUAGAACGGUGACGGACGGGACCCUUAAGGGCUCCGGAAGUGAGGCCGGCCCGGCUGCGCGGCAGGAGGUUUCACCUCCAGCGAGGAAGAAUCGGUGCGGGGCCGAAAGAAGGAGGGCGAAGCGGAUGAGAGCAGCGACUCUGGAAGGGGCUCGCUCUCUUCCCGUGGCUUCCCCCUGUACGCCGGUGGAAGUGGUGAAGAGGCACGCCGACGGUAAACGUCGGAAGGGUUUCAAGGAUACCCCUCCAUCGGGCGACCGUCCGCUGAAAAAGCAAAGGACUCGCGACGGGCAACAUGCUUACUCGGACGCUGCUGACCCUCUGGCGAGGGUGAUUGUGGCGGAGGGCUACCCCGAGACAGGGAUCACUGUUGAGCAGUUGACUCUGUUGAGGGAUGCGGUCUUGGAGAAGAUCGACGGGAUCCAGGAGGGUCCGGUGUCCAGAUUCCACGGCACUUCUCUAAGGAGUGGUGCGGCGGUGGUAAGAUGCGCGGAUGGGGCGUCGCUGGAUUGGCUCGUGGGGCGGAUCGGCGGCAUCACUCCGUGGGAGGGCGCCAGGCUCAGGGUGAUGGGCUUGGACGCGCUUCAAAAGCAGCACAGAGCGGUGGUUUGGGUCCCCGGGACUUCCCAGGCGCGGCCACGGGUCCUGAAGCGGCUGGAGAAGCAGAACCCGGGGCUCAUCACCGGGAGCUGGAAAGUGUUUGCGGAGGGGGUAGGGACCACCAGGGAGGGUGGGAACCUGGUCCUCGGGGUCCCGGGGUCCAGUGUCCUCAAAUUGAAGACUGGACUUCAGACCAUUCUUUGGGCUCGACAGGGUUGUCUUUCGGCCUUCACCCAGGUUAAUCUGCAUCACAGCAAAGGGGCCUCGGCUGUUUUGGCCAGGCAACAAGCUGGGAGACAAACAUGCAUAUCACUGAUGCAAGAACCCUGGGUAAUCCGAGGUUGCAUCAGGGGUUUGGCGGCCUGCGGUAGGCUCUUUAGGGCUCCAUCAGUGGACCGGCCCAGGGCCUGCGUGGCCGUCAAGGGCAUGGAAGCCCAGCUGAUACCUCACCUGUGUUCCAGGGACGUUGCGGCUGUAGAAGUGAAUUUCACUGAUGACUCCGGUGACAGAAAGAAAAUGGUUAUUUGCUCGGCCUACUUCUCUCAUGACGAGGGGAAGGCGGUGCCGCCUGUACCGGUGAUAAAACUGGCAGAAUACUGCCAGGAAAACGGCUUCCCCUUGAUCAUGAGAUGUGACGCUAACGCGCAUCACACCGUGUGGGGAAGCUCGGACACCAAUGAUAGAGGGAGGAAAGUGUUGGAGUUUUUAGCAUCUACGGAUCUGGAGAUUCUCAACACAGGAGACGAGCCCACCUUCUGCACUAUAGCGAGAAGAGAAGUGCUCGACAUCACUGUCUGUUCCAAGCAGUUGAUACAAAAGGUAGUGGAGUGGAGGGUCUCGACGGAGCCUUCGCUCUCUGACCAUAGGCAGAUCUCCUUCAGGAUAGCUAAGGCUAGGGGGAAGGAGGUCAAAUUCAGGAAUCCGAGGAAAACCAAGUGGGACUCCUAUAGGGAAGACCUGGCCAAUAGUCUCAAAGGCUUCCCUAAAAGGCACGGGACAGAGGACGAACUGGAGACCUGUAUGGACUACUUGCAGAGGUCUCUGGUAAACUGCUACAAAAGUAACUGCCCCGAAAGGGCGGUUACAAAUAGUAGAGGAACUUCCUGGUGGACCCCUGGACUGCAGGGUUUCAGAGUGGCGGCUCGUAGGGCCUGGAACAGAGCUAGGAACACGGGCCGCCAAUCCGACUGGGAGCUCUCUAGGAGGGCACAGAAGGAUUAUAGAGACUCUGUGGUUAGGGCGAAACUGGAGAGCUGCAGGAAGUUUUGCGAGGAAGUAGAGGGAAUGCCUGAAACGGCAAGAAUCUGCAGGAUCCUCGCUAGGAACCCGGAUGCGACUCUGGAAGCCAUCACACUCCCUGAUGGGACGGUGGUGACUGGAGAGCGAUGUCUGGAACAUCUACUGGAAGUGAGUUUUCCGGGCUUCCAUAGGGAGCAGGAAGAGCUAUUUGCAUAUAAGGAGCCGGGCUCACUCAGAAGAGCCCGACAAGCGGACUGGCGAAUGGCGGCCAAAAUUGUCAUGCCCGAGAAGGUCAAGGCCUUUAUCGCGAUGGGCUACACACCCAGCGCAUGGAAACUGGCCAGGGUAGUUUUCAUUCCGAAGGCGAGAAGAACGAGCUACACCAAGGCAAAGGAUUUCAGGCCAAUUAGCCUAACAUCGUUUCUCCUUAAGACAUUGGAGAAGCUGGUGGACGCGUAUCUGAGGGAGACAACUCUGUGGAGUCACCCUCUCCACAAGAAUCAGCACGCGUAUCGUUGGGGCUAUUUCACCGAGACUGCUCUACAUCAGACGGUAGCGUUUAUUGAGGAGCAGCUGGAAAGAAGGGGCUACGCGGUGGGUGCUUUCUUGGACAUAAAGGGCGCCUUUAACAACACACCGCACGAGGUAGUGUGUGAGGAAGCCGCCAGAAAGGGUGUCCCGAUAAAGCUCGUCGAGUGGAUCCGUGGCAUGCUAGGGAGGCGUGUGAUGACUUUGCUGGGAACUGCGAAAAUCUGUGGGUGGGUGGGAAGAGGCUGCCCGCAGGGCGGAGUACUUUCACCACUUUUAUGGUGCCUGGUAGCAGACGGUUUAUUAAGGGCACUAGACGAUAGAGGCUUCACUACACAAGGCUACGCGGAUGACGUGGCAAUACUUGUGCGAGGCCCGUUCCUAGAGACGCUUCUAGAGCUCAUGCACGGGGCACUGGAAGUUGUAGAAGAGUGGUGUCAGAGGACAGGUUUAGCGGUGAAUCCACUGAAAACCGGUCUUACUGUCUUCACUCGCAAAUACAAGGUGGGCACCAUUGUGGGACCCACUCUUGGAGGAGUAAGAUUAGUUCCGACCGAAUCGGUGAAAUAUUUGGGAGUUAUUCUGGAUAAGAAACUGCUUUGGGAGGAGCACCUUCGUAAUCGGUGCAAAAGCUUGUGCCAGUAUUUUUGGACGUGUAGAAGGACCUUUGGCCAGACUUGGGGCUUGAAACCGAGUAUGAUACACUGGAUCUACACAGCCAUACUUUGCCCCAGACUCACAUACGCAGCCGUAGUAUGGUGGACUAGGGUGCAAAAGAAAACAGCCAAAGUUGCGCUGGAGCAUGUCAGGGCUCUGAUUUUGAGAAGGGCCCUGGGUGCUAUGGUUACGACACCAGUGGCGGCGAUGGGCGUAAUGUUCGGCAUCGAACCAUUUCAUCAGGUGGUGGUGGCUGCUGCAGCAAUGGCGGCAUACCGUCUGAGAUGCGAACUUAAAUGGAAGAAGGGAGCCCGGCAUACGAGGCUGCCGGAAGACGUUCUGCUGGAUCCGAUAUUCGAGAUGCGACAGGACAGAAUACCUAUUAUUCGAGUUUCUGAUAGGCGCUUCAAAGUGCAUAUACCGAGGCCGGAGGAGUGGGAAAAGGAAGGUGGAAACUUAGGGGCUCGAACCGUACGGAGUAGGGUAGAAGAGGGAGAGCACAUCAGAAUUUGUACGGACAGCCAGGCAGCCAUCAAGGCGCUGGGGGCUCCGACAAUAACGUCGUGGUUGGUUCGGGAGUGCAGGUGCGUUCUGAACGAACUGGCGAGAGAGAGAGAAGUUACCGUUACCUGGGUGCCGGGUCACUCGGGCAUCCAGGGUAAUGAAUGUGCGGACCAGCUGGCAAAAGCGGGUUCAGAAUUAACGAUGGUAGGACCGGGGCCGGCCCUGGGAAUCCCCUUUUGUUUAGGAAAAGGGAGGAUCAAAGAAUGGCUCCGCAGAGAACAUCUAAGACACUGGAGAGUGGAAUCUGAGUCCAAAUGCAGACAGGCUAGAGCUCUGAUGGGAGAUACUCCUAAUAGGGAACUGACUUGGAGCAUAAGGGCUCUGAGUAGGAAAGAUGCCAGAACAGCGGUACACAUACUGACGGAUCAUGGCACAAGCCUUCAUGUACUCGGAGACUGUCCUGCACAUACAGGGUUGAGACACAGGAUGCUGGGCUCAGCACUACUUGGGCCCGAGCAGAUCAGGGAGCUGCCGGUGAGGGAUCUGAUUCUCUUUUGGAGAAAAACAGGUCUGUUAAAUAUAUAUCAACCGUUCAUUGUCGCUCUAUGUUAUGAAAAUUCGAAACCUCAUGAUAUCAAUGAGUUCAUGGAUGAUUUUAUUAAAGAAAUAAAUAUUUUGCACCGAGAUGGAAUUGAUAUUACGAAUAAACAUUUUUCAGUGGCUCUAGAACACAUUAUAUGUGAUAUUCCAGCUCGAAAAUUUUUGAAGCAAAUAAAAGGUUAUGGAGACUUGAAACGGAUCAGAGCCAGUGGACGCACCGAGAGGAUUGACGCCCGAAGGGAAAGAGAGCUCUCGCACUCCCGAAAGCCCGGGAUGAAGUACCACAGUAAACGGAGCUGCCGUAACGAGCCGGGAGAGAAGAAUCAGGUCGGAACCUGGUCAGUUCACGGCCGAUUCAAAAAACGGUCCGGAUCCGAAAUGGAAAAGGCCGCGAAGGACGUUCGAGACAGCUACCACAAAUAA